AUGACAAAUGUUAGGGCACUGCAAAGUGCAAAACACUCACAGUAUGGAUUUUCAAAUUUCAUGACUCAAUCUACCUCGUUGCACUUAAGAAGCCACGUCAACCCAAAAAGAACUCAGUCAUGGGAAACACUACAUCAAAACAACCAAAGUAAUUGCAUAAAUUUAAGGAUCUAUCAUGCUUAUUCCUACAACCAGCUGCAGCUGCAGCAGACUUCAUCGUUUACUCCAUAUUGUUAUGCAAAGAAGGCAAAGACAAGUGAUGCAAGGUUGAGCAUGGAUGUAAAUCCAAUCAAGGAUCCCAAUAAGAAGAAAGGAACCAUUGCAGGGGCAUUUGCUUUGAUAAUUGGUACUAGGAUAGGCUCAGGGAUUCUUGUACUCCCAGAAAAAAGCUUCUCCAGCAUAUAUAAGCCAGUCAGUGUCUCCCAUAUUACCUGCGCACAUUAUCAACUGAUUGAGGCACUAUUACUGAUUGAAAUCAAUGUAAGCAUGAGGAGGAAGAAGGGAAGAGACAAAGAGAAUGAGUUGAAGGUCAUUUCAAUUAGGACUAUGGCUCAAGAGACUUUAGGAGACUGGGGUGGAACUCUAGCCUCUCUGGUUUACAUAUUCUUAGAUUAUACUUCCAUGGUUGCUUAUAGUUCCAAGUCUGGUGAGAUCCUUUUUCACUUGAUCAAUCUCCCAGCUCCAGUUUCUGGCAUCCUUUUCACUACAGUUUUCACUUUUCUCAUCUCCAUUGGUGGGACUCGAGCUACUGAUCAAGUUAACCAACUGCUCACUGCUUCCAUGAUAGGCUUACUAGUAGCAAUAAAGGUUCUAGCAAUAAUGUUUGGAGGUUGGUCAGGUCUAGAGGGAAGUGGAGAUUGGGGAAAAGCCCCCCCUACAAUACCUACAAUAUUUGAGACUCUCCUAUGUCAUGGCAUUUUGUCUCCCUUUGCAGUUCUUUGUGCAUAUUUGGGCAGUGAUCUUAAACGCUUAAGGAUUUCGGUGGUUUUUGGUAGUAUUGUUCCACUGCUAGGGUUGUUUGUUUGGGAUGCAAUUGCUCUUGAUUUAUCUGCCCAAGCUGACCAAAUGAUUGACCCUGUUGAAUUUUGGUUUAGGGUGAAAUGGAGUGGGGUUUCAUACAUGGUCGAAGCCUUUUCUCUCCUUGCAGUUGGAACAUCACUGAUUGACACUCUUCUUGGCUUCUCUGAGUUUUUCAAAGAACAACUAAAUAGCCUCUCACACAAACAUUGUUUAACUUGCAUGUUGCAGAAACCAAACAAGCCCUUUGAUCUGAGAAAAUGGUGGGCUGGUAACAAUGUGAGCUUUACAUCAGUGGCAGUGGUUGUUGUUCCAUUCCUUCUUGUGUCGACUACUGUUCCUGAUAUAUUCUCUACUGCCACAGAUGUUGCUGGAGGGUAUUGUAUGACAAUGCUAUAUGGAGUUCUUCCACCAGCAAUGGCAUGGAAAAUGCAUAAUAAAGAAAGAGAUAACGCUUCGCAUCAGAAGACUUUAUCCAGAGCAAGGCCAGUACUGGUUGCUGUAGGACUCCUUGCCUGUGGAAUUGUAGGAGAGCAAAUCCUUCAAGACUUCCUCAUAUUUUAUUAA